AGGAGCUAGAGAUGCACAGCAAGGCGUUCUACGCAAUUGAGCAGCUGAAGGGUAUUCGGGACAAGGCCAAGUCAUCGAACAGGAGACGGGGAGACUAUCGUCCGUUGAAGGCCAUCGUGUUCUCGCAGUUUCUUCCGGUCCUCAACAUCGUGGGAGACAAGUUUCUCCGAGAGUUGGGCGGUUUUCCCGAAGAAGGCUGGCAGAGAAGAGGAGAGAAGUGCGUCGCGGAGUUCUGGGGCAAGAACAGGGCCAAGGAACUGGAGAGGUUCCGCACCGACCCCGAGUGCUUCGUGUUGCUGCUGGGCAAAAGGGGGGCCCACGGCCUUGACCUCAGCUUCGUGACGCACAUGUUCUUGAUGGACCAGAUCUGGGACCGUUCUUUGGAAACGCAGGUGGUUGCUCGCGCAAACCGCAUGGGCGCUAAGGGCUCGGUGUCUGUGGUGCAGCUCAUCAUGAAGGACACGAUGGAACAAGAGCUCCGUUCCUACGUCAACAGCGACGACAAGACUCGGAACGCCGCCCCCACCGCUACCCCGGGGUCUCGCUGGGGUUCGCUUUCUCCGACAAACGGUAGCCCCAACGGUCAUACCGCUCAUUCUUCUUCCCCUCUGCGUGGGGCGGGUGCCGCGGGCGGCGUUGAUGGCCGUUUUCCAGCCAAUGGGGGGGUGGGCGGAUCAACCCCGACCCCUCCGAGAAAAAAGCCUAGAGAAAAGAGCCCGUGGGAGGGGAGGGGGAGGAAACGUCCCCGGUCUGGCGGCAGCGGCAAGAGGGUUGCCGGCGGUGGCGGGUUGUCCGCAUCGUCACGUCAAGAGCACGCCAAGGUGCACUUCCUGUUGACAAGCUUGAGGUCGUCGAAGGCGGCCGCUGCUCAGGGGGGUGACGGCGGUGGGAAGGACAAGCAGAAGCAGAGGGGCGGCGAGGAGGAGGAGGAGGAAGAGGAGAACGGCGAGGGAGACGCGGGGUCGUUGUCAUCGGCACGCCAAGGGAAUGGUAAGGGGAAAGGCAAGGGCAAGGGCAAGGGCAAGGGCAAGAAGGCCGUCAGGAGAGGGGUAACUUUCGCCGAAGACGUCGUGGUUGUCCAAGACAGGGCUGCUGCUGCUGCUGCUGCUGCCGUGGAGGACCCGCGGUGGCGGGGAGAGGCGGCGGCAGGAGGCGGAGGAGUGAGCGCCGCAAGCCCCGACCGCAUCGUCGGCUGGUCGCCCUAAUUGUAUGGAGUGCCCGUCAAAGCCUAGCCUUGGUUUGAAGGUUUUUUUGGUUGAAAUGGCGGCGGCGACGGCGGCGGCGGCAUGGUGACAUCUUUGUACGCGUAGCCUUUGAUUUUGAAGGUUUUGAAACGGCGGUGGCAGCGGGCUUUCCCCCUUCGAGACUGCAGCGUUUGACGUCACCACCGGAAUGGGAAUACCGUAGGAGAAUCUCACGGUAUUUGUAUGUGUGGGAUUUGAGCGAGUGAAGCGGGUGAGCUAUUUUCGGUGGGAAGGUCUUCGACAACUCGGAACCCAAGGGGAGAGGGCGUGGUAGCGUAUGCCUACCAAUAUUUAGUGGAGACCCUUUGGGCAUGCGAGGAGUCAGCCUUGCAGCAGUUUGCGUCAGGCUUGCCGAAGCAACACGUGUAUC